AUGCGCAUCCGGGAGAGCAUGACAACUCAAGGACCCUAUGUCGUAUCUCUCUGCGGGGCAACCAUUCCCGCUCCCUGGAACGACCUCGAGGUGUUGCCUCCCACAUGCAAGGUAGCAGAACCCCUUCUGGCGGCACUGUUUCAUUUUCUGACCGCCCUUCGAGUGCCAGCGACUUGCGUCAUAGCGGCAGGCUUCAAGCCUGGCCGAUUGCAAGACGUCUCGACCUCGACCCUGCCCGUCGUCAGCCAGCUGGGCCCCGUCGUCGCCCGCGGCCUCAGCUGCGCCUUCGCCGCUGAGGCGCCUGGAGGGCUGGAGGCCUCGGCGGCAUGGCAUGGCACCGCCGACGACGCCCUGGACGGGAGCGUGAUGUUCUUGUGA